AUUUUUAAUCGAACCCGUGUCUACCAUUGUUCGGUUGAAUCGGUUCGGUUCGAUUUUACGCACCAUGUGGUUUUGGUUGGGUGUGGAUUUGGAUGGUAAAUAGUUGUGAAUUGGCGGGAGAUUUCUUAACUAUUAUUUGGAGUGCCAGAACUCUUCAUCCUAGUUGCUGCUACUUCUUCUCCACCAGGACUCAGAGUGUGAAAUCGUUGAUUCGCUGUGUUGAAAGAGCAUCGUUAGCAGAUGGAAGAUCCAGCUCCACCUUCUGAAGCUUCAAAUCGACCCCCUCGUAAGAGGGGCAGACCUCCCAAACACCUCCCCAAGGAGCACGACGGCGACGCCAUGAACCGCGACAAGACCACCGAACACGCGUACCGAGAGAGUUCGCCCGACGAUUUCGACGAAGGGCGCAACAAAUUCAAGCGAGGUCGCGCUUCGGAAGGAACCUCUAGUGUGGCGCACAAACCCUCUGACCAAACCCUAAUUGAGGUGAUAAAAGGAAAUGGCAAGUUUAUUCCUCAUGCGGUCAAAUUUUGGGUUGAGCGCUAUGAAAAGGAUCCGAAACCUGCAAUGGUUGAUCUCCUUACAAUGCUGUUUGAGGCAUGUGGAGCCAAGUACUACGAUAAAAGUGAUCUCGUGGAUGAGACUGAUGUUGAUGAAGUUGUAAUUGCUCUGGUCAAUUGUGCUAAAAGAGGUACAGUUGAAGAUUAUCAGAAUUCCAAAAAGAAAGAAAUUAAGAACUUCAAAGAGAAUCUAGAGUCAUUCUGGGAUAAUUUGGUUCGGGAAUGUCAGCAUGGGCCAUUGUUUGAUCAAGUUUUAUUUGACAAGUGCAUGGACUAUAUCAUUGCAUUGUCAUGCACCCCUCCAAGAGUUUACCGUCAAGUUGCAUCACUGAUGGGUCUUAGGCUGGUCUCAUCAUACAUUACCAUCGCUAAUAUGCUUGGUGCUCAAAGAGAGACUACUCGUAGACAGUUGGAUGCUGAGAAAAAGAAAAGAACUGAGGGGCCUCGAGUGGAGUCACUAAAUAAAAGGUUUUCUGACACUCACGAGAGAAUAACUUUGUUGGAGGAGAUGAUGCGCAAGAUUUUUACUGGGUUAUUUGUGCACCGGUACAGAGACAUUGACCCAAAUAUUAGAAUGUCAUGCAUUGAAUCAUUGGGUGCAUGGAUCCUUUCAUAUCCAUCACUUUUUCUGCAGGAUUUGUACUUGAAAUAUCUUGGAUGGACGCUGAAUGACAAAAAUGCUGGUGUAAGAAAGUCUUCUAUAAACGCCCUGCAAAAUCUCUAUGAGGUGGAUGAUAAUGUACCAACCCUUAGCUUAUUUACUGAAAGAUUUUCGGGCCGGAUGAUUGAGCUGGCUGAUGACAUUGAUGUUUCUGUGGCUGUUCAUGCCAUAGGUCUUGUUAAGCAACUACUAAGACAUCAACUUAUUCCUGAAGAUGACUUGGGUCCUUUGUAUGAUUUGUUGAUUGAUGAUCCCCCAGAAAUCAGGCAUGCAAUAGGAGCAUUAGUGUAUGAUCACUUAAUUGCUCAAAAAUUUAAUACCUUCCAAUCAGGAUCAAAAGAUGAAACUGUCAAUAACUCUGAGGUCCAUCUAAAGAGAAUGUUGCGAAUUCUGGAGGAGUUCCCUCAAGAUCCAAUUUUGAGUAUUUACGUAAUUGAUGAUGUGUGGGAAUACAUGGCCGCUAUAAAGGAUUGGAAGUGCAUCAUAACAUUGCUGCUUGAUGAAAAUCCAUCAGUAGAGCUAUCUGACAGUGAUGCAACAAACUUGGUGCGGCUCCUGUGUGCAUCUGUGAAGAAAGCUGUUGGAGAGAGGAUUGUCCCUGCUACGGAUAACAGAAAGCAAUACUACAACAAAGCCCAAAAGGAUGUAUUUGAAAAUAACAAACAGGAAAUAACUGUGGCUAUGAUGAAGUCAUACCCAUUACUCUUGCGAAAGUACAUUUCAGAUAAAGCAAAAGUGUCAUCACUGGUUGAGAUUGUUUUGCAUAUGAAUCUUGAAUAUUAUUCCUUGAAGAGGCAGGAACAGAAUUUCAAAAACUUACUCCAGCUCAUGAAAGACGCAUUUUUUAAGCAUGGUGACAAAGACCCUCUUAGGGCUUGUGUGAAGGCAAUUGAUUUUUGUUGCAUGGAAAGUCAAGGUGAAUUGCAAGAUUUUGCUCGUAUUAAAUUAAAGGAACUUGAAGAUGAAAUCAUUGCUAAGCUGAAAUCUGCUAUUAAGGAAGUAGUGGAUGGUGGUGAUGAAUAUUCUCUUCUUGUAAACUUGAAGAGGUUGUAUGAACUGCAACUGAAAAGAUCUGUACCUAUUGAUAGCCUGUAUGAAGACAUUGUCAGUGUGCUACGUGGUUCUAGGAAUAAUAUGGAGGAUGAGGUUGUUGGUUUCCUGCUUCUGAACAUGUAUUUGCAUCUGGCUUGGAGUCUACAGUCUAUAGCAAAUGAAGAAGCUGUUUCUAGCGCAUCCUUAACUUCUCUUUUGUCUAAGCGUGAUACCUUGUUACAAGAACUUGAGUACUUUCUCAACUUGGCCGCUGACAACAAGGAAGGGGGUAAACCUGGAAGUGAACUUGCAUGCAGAGUAUGCACCAUACUUGCAGAAACAUGGUUCUUAUUUAGAACAACAAAUUUCAGAAAGACACAGCUAGAAACACUCGGAUAUCAGCCAGAUGCAAUUAUGCUUCGGAAGUUUUGGGAACUUUGUCAACAACAGCUUAUUAUUUCAGAUGACGCAGAAGAUGAAGAUGUUAAUAAAGAGUAUGCUGUGGAGACAAAUAGAGAUGCUGUGAUGAUUGCUGCUGCAAAGCUGAUUGCAAAUGAUGUUGUUCCAAAGGAGGAUCUUGCUUCUGAGAUUAUUUCUCAUUUUGUGAUGCAUGGGACUAGUGUGACUGAGAUUGUAAAGCAUCUGAUCACAGUUUUGAAGAAAAAGGAUGUUGAUUUGGCUUUCAUUUUUCUGGAAGCGCUUAAAAAGGCAUACCAUCGCCUUCCGGUCAAUAUCUCUGGUAGUGAAAAUGGUUCUUCCGAAAACAAUCCUUUAGGAUGUAAAGAUCUGGCUGCUAGGCUUUCUGGAACAUUUAUUGGUGCUGCUCGGAUGAAAUACAGGCCUGAAAUUUUAAAAGUCGUCAGGGAUGGCAUUGAAUAUGCUUUUAUUGAUGCCCCAAAACAGUUGUCAUUUCUUGAAGAGGCAGUGCUUCAUUUUUUGCCAAAACUCCCUGCACCAGAUUUAAAUGACAUAUUGAAUGAUGUUCAACAAAGAGCACAAAAUGUCAAUACGGAGGAAAAUCCCAGUGGAUGGCGUCCCUUCCACACAUUUAUUGCCUACUUACGAGAAAAAUGUGCGAAGAAUGAGGGAUUUCAAGAUGAAAAAGAAGGGGUUUCUGUUAGGCGUAGGGGCCGGCCACGAAAGAGGCAAAACAUACCAGGAAAGAAGCUUUUUGAUGACCAAAGUUCAAGCGAAGACGAGGAUUCCAUCAGUGCAUAUGAACAAGAUGCACAAGACGAAGGGAGAAGACAUGAGGAGGAGGAUGAAGAUGCUCCCUUGAUAAAUUCAAUCAGAUCAUCCAAACUUAGGUCACUUGGAGUUUCAAGGGAGGAAAGCAAAGCUCAGACAGGGAAUUCUAGUAGAGCUACAGAUAAUUUAUCUGCUUCGAGAACAUCAGGGGCAUCAAGCUAGUCUUCCACUGUUGUAGUUUACGAUUGUAUGUUGGCAAUUGCUUGACACUAACUAUUACAGUUGGUAAGAUUAGGUGUACCUGCUUGUAAUUCAACUUGCUGAAUGUAUAUAUAAAUGUAUCUUGUUCUAAUCAAGGUUGCCACUGCUGAAAAUAAAUUCAGUAUAGAUCCAUGCCUCUUGAAGGCCAAUUUGAACUGCAAGAGGUGGCGUGGCAUUGUCUCCUCGCUUUAAAUUUUCGCCAUUGUGGUCAACAAUGUUGUUUGAUUCAAUGCCGAUUAUUAUGUACUUGAAUUCUGACGUCAAAAAUAGAUCAUAGAAUGGAAUGAAUGUUAUUGUGAAUACCAAAA